AUGGGUAAAAUGGCAUGCGUCCCGCAGCAUCUGUACCGGGAUGAAUAUGACAUCGAAGGAUGGGUAGUCGCACAUAACCCCAACUGUACGGUGUGGAAGCCAUUCAACCCCGAUCCACAAGGGAGAUAUGACUGGCAGGAAAGAUAUCUGAACAGGACACCAUUGAUGGCGGCGUUAGAGCACAGACAGGUCAAUGUGGCAGAGAUGUUGUUGGGUUGUGAUGCUGUGGACGUUGGGCUCAGGAACCUUUCUAACGAGACACCGCUACACCUGGCAGCAAGGGAUGGACUUGAACGGGCUGUUGAAUUGAUAUUAGCACGGGAAGAAGCCAGAAUCAAUUUUAGAGAUACGAAUGGGGACACAGCACUACACCUGGCUGUGAUAGCAGGCCGAAUGAGAAUUGCGCAGUUGCUUCUGACACGCGGUGAUAUCAACAUCAACUACCCAAACCGCAAUGGAGAUGCAGCAUUACAUCUGGCGGCUGAAGCAGGACAUGAAGAGCUGGUGAAGCUCAUCCUAAAUCGCCCUGACUGCGACCUCCGGCUGCAGGACCGGUCCGGUCUGGAGCAUACGGGGGCGCAGUAUAAAGAGUUUUCGACUCUGAGUCUUGCUGCUCAGCGGGGCAAUCAGUCCAUCGUACGGCUUCUUCUUAAUCAAAACCAUCUCUAUCGACAGACUAUGGAUAUAUUCUGGAUGACGGAUAAUAAGCCUGGGAUACCUGAGUCGCUGCUCGAAGGUGUUCUGAAGAAGACACUGAGGUUCAUCCACCCAGAGUACUCUCUGGAGCGGGCAGCACGCGAAGGAAGUGUAAUAGGAAUGAAAAUCCUCCUGGACCAUGAUAGAGUCAACCCAGACCGGAAGAAUGAGAACGGCAUGACCCCGUUGGCCAUUGCUUCACAGAAGGGCCAUAUACCAGUGAUGCGACUACUUCUGGUUUUGGACAAUGUAGAUGUCAACAGUUGCGAUAAACGUGGCAACACGCCGUUAUUCUACGCUGCCGAGGCAGGCAGGGAUGCCGUGGAUGUUAUACUGUCUCAGGAAGGAGUCAUUAAGUAUCCGGUUAAUAAGGCAAAAGAAACACCAGCUCACUACGCGUUGGCUGAUCAAGAUGUGCCCGGAAAGCUAAUCAGUAUGAAGACUUUUCCAUGUAAAUGUCACGAUGAAGUCAAGACAUCAUCCCCUCCAUAUAUUGUCCACAUCCAACCACCCAACUACAUCAAUAAAUAUACCAGCACCAUGCUAUCCAACUUUCCCCCAGAGCUCCUCCUCCUCAUCAGCCAAUAUAUCGACCAAACAGACAUCAACUCGCUCACCCAAGCCAACCGCUCUCUCCACACCACCCUGAAUAACUACCUCUACAAACAUAACAUCCACCACCGCGGAGGCGAAGGCCUAAUAUGGACCGCUCACUAUGGCCACAAACGACCACUCGAAAUCUUCCUACAACAUGGCGCUGACCCCAACAUCCAGAUCGUUGAAAUGGACAUGGUCUGUUAUAUCCCGGUCCACCUAUACCGCAGCGAAUAUGACAAUAAAGAAUACGUGGUCGUGUGUAAUCCCAACUUUACCAUAUGGAAAGCCUUUAAGCGCUCAUUGAGACCUUCAUGGCUGGGAUCAACCAUCAAGCCAGGUCUGCUCGACCAGACACCAUUACUGACUGCCUUGAAAAACGACCACGUUGACAUAGCAGAGACAUUACUAGCGCGGGAUGGCGUGAAUAUUAAUUCGCAGAACAUGAUAUAUGAAACAGCGCUACACAUCGCCGUAAGCAAAUACAUGGAGUCAAUCGUAACGAAACUCCUCGCGCGAGACGACAUCAAGCUCCAAGCCAAAGAUGUCAUGGGCCACACGGCGUUCGACGUGGCGCUGACGAAAGGCUAUGCAGGAAUCGUGGAGCUAUUCCUAUCGUACACGGCGGUCCCUUUCCAUUCGUCCUGCGGGAUGCGCUCGCCGCUUACUUUUGCCAUUACACAUGGCGAUGUAAGCACCGCUCGCGCUCUUCUAGGCUAUACCCAUGUCCACCGGGAGACGCCGUAUCUAGUGCGAGUGCCUGGAAUGGGGAACCCAGAGAUGGGAGAGGUGCUGCUCAAUGGUGUCAAGAGGGGUACGUUGAGGCUAUUGGGGGUAGAGAAUGAGCUUAAACACGCAGCCCGGGGAGGAGACGAGACGGCGAUGAAGAUCAUACUUGCUCAUGAUACAAUCGAUCCAGACACGAGAUGUGAUAGAGGUGCGACGGCGUUGGCGAUUGCGGCCGAACAUGGACAUGUCAAAAUCAUGGAGAUGCUGCUUGAUACGGGCAAGGUGGAUGUUAAUAAACCGGAUGAUAAGGGUAAUACCCCGUUAUUCUACGCGGCACAGUCAGGAAGACCCGCUGUGGAAUUACUGCUGGCUGAGGAUGGGAUUCAGUAUGCGUUGAAUAAGAAAGGACAAAGUCCUGCAGACCGGGCUUUUAAGUCAGGGCACAAGGAUCUGUCGAAGUUUCUAAAGAGGGUGAAGAUAGCGAGAGAGUUAGAGAGAUUGCGGUAGAUCGUCUAUGACAUUUGCUGAGAUGUCGUCAAUAUUAAUGUUAUAUUAUUGCUUGGUCAUCCCAUCUUCUGAAUAGCAACACUUUUUGCCCGAAUCGUCCUUCCCUUCCAUAACAGCACAACCGGCGCAAGAGUCAGCACAAGCGCCACAAAGCCCAGCAAACUACUCGCCCACGCAUAUCCCAGCCUCACAUACAUCGGUUUCGCAGCUAAUGGCAAGAAAGCCGCAAAGGUAUUCUCUCCAAACGCGACUGCCGCAAUGG